AUGGCGAACGAGGAAGCGAAACUCGAUACAAAACUCACUCAGUUGAGAUUAACGGCGCAAAGGACCGGGAAAAUACUUGAUGCUGGAAAACGAGAAACGAUCGAACGGCAUUUAAAGGCACUCCAAACAACAAUAAGCGAAACAGAUCAGUGCAAACGUACGGUUGAGGCUGAAAAAAUCGGUAAGAAAGAAGAUCUAGCAGAAAUUAGCGACUGGAAUACGGAAAUCGAAGCGAAGAUAGGUGAAGCUGAAGACGAAGUAAAUCGACUUCAACAAUGGCUAGACAGCAAAAAGAUGGAAGAAGAAAACUACGCUCGAGAGGAACAACUUAAAUUCGAAGUGAAAUUGGGAGAAACAAAGCUUCAAAUGCAAGCUAAAAUUCAGGAUGCAAACCCGGGGGGGCAUAACACCUCGAAAACUGAGACGGGGGAAGGCAUGAAAG